CCUGGCCAGCGGUAAUUAACAUCGUAUAAGAACCAACGCCAUUACAGGCCUGCAACACCGAAAACCACCUUCUUCUCCUACGUCGGAGCAGAGACCAGAACAAUUGAGUUAAUGGCGGGUGAAGAGCCAGGCUCGCCGGGAAGCUCCAUGCAUGGAGUCACCGGCAGAGAGCAAACCUUCGCCUUCUCCAUCACUUCGGACCCCUCCAUAAUUCCCACAGCCCAUGCGGCGGACACAAAAUUUUCCUUGCCGGUGGACUCCGAGAACAAGGCCAAAGUCUUCCGAGCCUUCUCGUUCGCCAACCCCCAUAUGAGAACCUUCCACCUCGCCUGGACCUCGUUCUUCACAUGCUUCGUCUCCACCUUCGCCUCCGCACCGCUCGUCCCCAUCAUCCGCGACAACCUCGACCUCACCAAGAAAGAUAUCGGCAACGCCGGCAUCGCCUCCGUCUCCGGCAGCAUCUUCUCCAGGCUCGUCAUGGGCGCGGUGUGUGACUUACUCGGCCCGAGAUAUGGCUGCGCCUUUCUGAUGAUGCUGACGGCCCCCACCGUGUUCUGCAUGAGCUUCGUCUCCUCCGCCGGCGGCUACCUGGCAGUGCGAUUCAUGAUCGGCUUCUCUCUGGCGACGUUCGUGUCGUGCCAGUACUGGAUGAGCACCAUGUUCAACGGCAAGAUCAUUGGGCUUGUCAAUGGCACCGCCGCAGGGUGGGGGAACAUGGGCGGCGGAGCCACUCAGUUGCUGAUGCCGCUGCUCUAUGAAGUGAUCCGCCGGAGCGGCGCACCGCCGUUUACGGCGUGGCGGAUUGCUUUCUUUGUGCCCGGAUGGCUUCAUGUCAUCAUGGGGCUCCUGGUUAUGGGGCUGGGCCAAGAUUUGCCGGAUGGAAAUCUCGGAACCUUGCAGAAGAAAGGAGACGUUCCCAAAGAUCGCUUCUCCAAGGUGUUUCUAUACGCCAUCAAGAAUUACAGAACGUGGAUUUUCUUUAUUCUAUAUGGCAUGUCACUCGGAGUUGAAUUAACCACUGACAAUGUGAUUGCAGAGUACUUUUAUGACAGGUUUAAUCUGAAGCUUCACACGGCCGGCAUAAUAGCUGCAACGUUCGGCAUGGCCAACAUAGUUGUCCGUCCCUUUGGUGGUCUAAUGUCGGACCUCGCCGCCCGCCGGUACGGCAUGAGGGGCCGGCUAUGGAAUCUCUGGAUCUUCCAGACCCUAGGAGGCCUCUUCUGCAUAGGCCUCGGCCGAGCCAGCUCACUCCCCAUCUCCGUCGCAUCCAUGAUCCUCUUCUCCAUCGGUGCUCAAGCCGCCUGCGGAGCCACUUUCGGCAUCAUCCCCUUCAUCUCCCGGCGGUCCCUCGGCGUCAUCUCCGGCGUCACCGGUGCUGGCGGGAACUUCGGAUCCGGCCUGACGCAGUUCCUCUUCUUCACGAGCUCGAGCUAUUCGACAGCAACUGGGAUCACGUUGAUGGGAAUCAUGAUCGUGGCCUGCACGCUUCUAGUUUCGCUCGUCCAUUUUCCGCAGUGGGGGAGCAUGUUCUUGCCGCCGACAAAGGAUUUGGCGAAGUUCAACGAAGAGUACUACUACGGAUCGGAGUGGGACGAGGAGGAGAAGCGAAAGGGUUUGCACCAUGGCAGCCUGAAGUUCGCCGAGAACAGCAGGUCGGAGCGCGGCCGGCGGGUGCUUGAUAUCCCAACGCCGCCGGAAACUACACCUCCGAAUGCAUAG